AUGCCUCUAAACGAUGAAGAAGAACACCACCAAUUGUUGGCGGAUAGAUUACUCGAGGAAGAAUCUGCCUAUGAGUACUCCGACAAAGUCCAUAUUAUCGGAGUCGACGAUGAUGAUGAUUUCACCAAAACUCCUCCUUUUUCCUGGAAAAAACUAUGGGCUUUUACUGGACCGGGUUUCUUGAUGAGUAUAGCCUUUUUGGAUCCGGGAAAUCUUGAAGGAGAUCUUCAGGCAGGGGCUAUCGCUGGGUAUUCUCUGUUAUGGCUACUCUUUUGGGCUACGGCUAUGGGAUUACUUGUUCAGCUUUUAGCGGCUCGUUUGGGUGUCGCUACUUCUAGGCAUUUGGCUGAGCUAUGUAGGGAUGAGUAUCCGAAAUGGGCUCGAUUGCUUUUGUGGGUCAUGACCGAAUUGGCUCUAAUUGGGGCUGAUAUUCAAGAGGUUAUUGGAAGUGCUAUUGCUAUAAAGAUUUUGAGUCGAGGGUUCUUGCCUCUAUGGUCUGGUGUUGUCAUCACUGCUCUUGAUUGCUUUGUAUUCUUAUUUCUUGAGAACUAUGGAGUGAGGAAGCUGGAAGCACUCUUUGCUGUCCUUAUUGCAGUUAUGGCCGUCUCAUUUGCAUGGAUGUUUGGAGAGACGAAACCAAAUGGAGUGGAACUUCUUGUUGGUGUGGUGGUCCCAAAACUUAGCUCCAAAACAAUAAAGCAGGCAGUGGGAAUUGUAGGGUGUGUUAUCAUGCCUCACAAUGUGUUUCUACAUUCGGCGCUAGUGCAGUCCAGAGACAUUGACAACCGUAAGAUUGGCAGAGUUCGAGAAGCACUUAAUUACUACUCCAUAGAGUCGACAAUUGCCUUGGCAAUUUCAUUCAUGAUCAAUUUGUUUGUUACAACAGUGUUCGCAAAGUCAUUUUAUGGUAGUGAAAUAGCCAAUAGCAUUGGCCUAGAAAAUGCUGGUCAAUAUCUUCAGGAUAAGUAUGGUGGGGGAUCGUUCCCCAUCCUUUAUAUCUGGGCUAUUGGAUUGUUGGCUGCUGGACAGAGUAGUACUAUAACUGGUACUUAUGCUGGACAAUUUAUUAUGGGAGGUUUUCUGCACAUGAGGUUGAAAAAAUGGCAGAGAGCGUUAAUAACAAGAAGUUGUGCUAUCGUCCCAACUCUGAUAGUUGCUCUUGCUUUUGACACCUCUGAGAAAUCAUUAGAUGUUCUGAACGAGUGGCUCAACGUUCUUCAGUGUGUCCAAAUCCCUUUUGCCCUGAUCCCCCUUCUUUGUCUUGUAUCCAGAGAAGAAAUCAUGGGUGUUUUCAAGAUUGGCUCUACUAUGAAGGUGAUAUCAUGGCUAGUAGCUGUGCUGGUUAUGCUGAUUAAUGGCUAUCUUUUGAUGGACUCUUUAUCUUCUGCUGUCAGUGGGAUGUUGUUUACAUCUGUUGUAGUUGCUUUUACAGGUGCAUACAUUGCCUUCAUUGUAUACCUCAUUUCACGGGGAAUUACCUUCCCCAAUUGGUUUGUAAAAAACAAAAGUAUCUCGAGCAUAGAUAAUUGA